AUGGACAUCAAGACAGGCACCGACACGCAGGCGCUUCUGCGGAGCGUCCAGGAGGUGUGCAAACCUGCCUCGGCUCGACUGGUGGUCGACACGGUUGAGGUGCAGGUCGAAGAGGUUGACCCUUUAGCGUCAGCUUCGGAGGUGGCGAAGGCGGUGGGAGACCUCUCGCUGGAGCCGGUAGAGGAGAGCGCGGUGCGGCUGACCCGCACGUGGAACGGAACGUUGCUCGCUCGUGUCCAGGUUUCCGGCGGCGAAGUCUACAAGGGCGGCGACGCGGAGAAGGCGGCGACGAGUCUACAGGGGCGAUACUUGAAGGUCAAGUAUACAUCGUGCUUGGUACGGAUGUCCCAGGUGGUCCCGGCAAGUCGACAGCAGCGUUGCUUCCGCUGCCUGGAGUUCGGACACCUACAGGCUACCUGCAGGAACGAAGAGGACCGGUCGACGUGGUGCAUUCGCUGCGGGAAGCCGGACCAUCUGGCGAGGGACUGCAAGGAGGACGUGUGCUGCGCCAAGUGCAAGGGUCCGCACCGGGUGGGUCAUCAGGACUGCAGCACCAGCAGCGCAUAA